AUGGCCACAGAAUAUAAACUCAAGGACAUUUCGUCCCUUCAGGACAUUCCGAACUGCGAAAAAGUUGAAUCAGAGGUCGAAGGCGUCCCCGGUGGUAAAGUGCUCGUUGUCAGACUAGACGAUAAGUUUCACGCUAUCAGUCCGCGAUGCACUCAUUACGGAGCACCCUUGAAGUUGGGUGUUGUUGCGCCAGACGGUCGCAUUACAUGUCCCUGGCACGGAGCAUGCUUCACCGUCGCCACGGGCGAAAUUGAAGAUGCGCCAGCCCUAAACCGUCUCGGCACAUUCGGAGUCUACGAAAAGGAAGGCGCAGUAUACAUUAAAGGCGAAGAAGGCAGCAUCAAAGCUGGACAACGAGACCCGAACCUUAAAUGCUUCGUUUCUACUGACGAGAAGGUUGUCGUUAUCGGAGGAGGAAGUGGUUCCAUCGGCGCAGUCCAGACCCUGCGCGAACUCAACUUCAAAGGCAGCAUCGCCCUCAUCACCAAAGAACCCAACUUGCCCCUCGACCGUACAAAACUCUCCAAAGCCCUGAUCGCAGAUGCAUCCAAAAUCGAGCUUCGGCCCGCAGAAUGGUACUCCAACGCCGGCAUUGAUGUCGUCCACGACGAAGUCACCUCGGUCGAUUUCCAAACAAAGUCUGUUUCAACCAAAUCCGGCAAAUCGUUUUCCUACACAAAACUUGUCCUGGCUACAGGUGGCAUCCCUCGUAACUUACCGCUUGAAGGAUUCAAAGAUCUGGGGAACAUCUUCAAGCUCCGCUUCGUGACAGACGUGCAAAGCAUCCUCCGUGCAUUGGGCGAAGAGAAGAAAAAAGUGGUUAUAAUCGGCAGCUCAUUUAUAGGCAUGGAAGUCGGUAAUGCGCUCUCCAAGAACCAUGAUGUGAGUAUCGUGGGUAUGGAGAAGGCGCCUCUUGAGCGAGUAAUGGGCGAAAAAGUCGGCAAGAUUUUCCAAGGUCUUCUCGAAAAAUCCGGCGUGAAAUUCUACUUGAAUGCGAGCGUGGACAAGGCCACACCCUCAUCUUCAUCCCCUGAUAAAGUAGGCGCCGUCCAUCUCAAAGAUGGCACAACCCUGCCAGCAGACGUAGUCAUCCUGGGCAUCGGCGUCAAGCCCGCCACCGACUUUUUAGCCAACAAUCCCGCCAUCUCCUUGCUACAAGACGGCUCAAUCCGCACAGACGAAACAUUCGCCAUCCCCUCCCUAAACGGCGACGUCUACGCCAUCGGCGACAUAGCAACAUACACCUACCACGGGCCCGGCGCUGCGCCCGAAACCGGCUCGCCCGUACGCAUUGAGCACUGGAACGUCGCACAAAACGCAGGUCGAGCCGUGGCACGCUCCAUCGUGAAUAAACCUUCUAACCCUAGAAAGCAACACAAAGCCUUUAUCCCCAUCUUCUGGUCUGCGCUGGGUCAACAACUGCGCUACUGCGGGAAUACAAUGGCCUCCAACGGCUUCGAUUCGUUGAUCAUCAAAGGCGAACCCGAAAACGCGAAAUUUGUGGCGUAUUAUGCCAAGGGGGACACGAUUGUGGCCGUUGCGACGAUGGGGAUGGAUCCGAUUAUGGUGAAAGCGGCGGAGUUGAUGAGGAGGGGGAAUAUGCCGAAACGAGCUGAGAUUGAGGCGGGCAUUGAUUUGUUGAAGGUUGAUGUUCCCGGGCGUGUUGUUAUAUAA